UCGCCAUCAACCCGAAAAAACGGAACUGAAUCCGAAAUGAAAAAAAAGGCCACCGUAACAUUGUUGGAAAAUAUUGAUAUUUUAAUGUUGAAAACAUGUUCCAGCAAUGAUGAUGAUAAUUUAUUAUUUCGUCAGGAAAUAGUACCGAUGAUUUGUAAUGCUUUUGAUUCAAGUACACCACAAAUUCAGUCGGCAGCAAUGUCUGCAUUAUCACAAGUGAUUGAUCAUCUAGAUGAUAUUACUAUUCGACGUAUGAUUUUACCAAAAACUAAACAACUAUUUGAUAUUAAUGCCGAUCCAAAGAUUCAAAUCAAUAUAUUGAUCUGUAUUGAAAAAGUUAUAGAAAAUUUAGACAAAUCCGAUAUAUUGGAUGAUGUAUUACCAAUGAUAAUGCAUGCCCGUAUACAAGAUGUUUCUGUAUUGAUUAUAGUGAUAAACAUAUGUAAACUAAUGAUGAUGGAUACAAAAAAAUAUGGUAUUACAGUUAAUUUAUUAUCAACAAAAAUUAUGCCCGCAUUAAUACCAGCAAUGGCUAAUGUUAAUUUAAAUCUUGAUGAAUUCAAUGAUCUAAUCAGUUUGUUUAAUGAAAUGUUAACAUAUAUUGGUAAAUGUCAACGAAAUAAAUUAAUAUUAGAAGCUAAUAUUAAAAAUCAAAAUCAAAUGACAAUUAAAAUUCCUGAAAUUACUGAAUCAUUGAAAGAUAAUCAUUCGAAUCAUGUUCAUCAUCAAUCAAGACAAACAUCAUCAUAUUCACCAAAUCGUCCACCAUCAUUACGUUUAGAUUCAAGACGUACAUCAAUAAGUAUGGAUGAUGUUGUUCGUCGUGCUUCCUUAACAGCAUCAGCUGCUUCCAGUCCAGAUUCAAAUCUAUUACGUGUACAGGCAAAUUUACCUGGUCGUCGUCAUUCAGAUAAUACAAUAAUACCGCCAAGAAUUUUAGUUGCACCAUCAACACCAACAACUACAUCAUUUUCAUUAUCUCGUGCAUCAAGUAAAAAUAAUCUAAAUUCACGUCGUCAUUCAUCGAUUGUUGGAUUGAAAGAGAUAAAAGAUGCUAAAAAUUUUAUUCCAAAUAUACCAAAGAUUUCUCAUAAUAUAUCCAAUAAUCUUGGUAUUGAAUCAUUUUUAUCAAGUCGUUCAGGCAGUAGUCGUCGAUAUUCAGCUGUACCAACAUUUGAUAAACUUAAUUUUUCAACAUCAUCAUCAUCACAUCAUAAAAAUACAUCAUCAAAUCUAUUACAAACUAUUGGUACUGGUGUACAACAACUAUUCAAAUGAGAAAAUGCUUCUUGUUUUUUCUUUUCAAUAACUA